AUGUCCUCAAUUUCAAACCAACAAAUCCUUCAACUCAACCACAAACUCUCCCACCUCACAAGAACAAACCAAUUCUCCCAAACCCUCAAACUCUUCACCAAAAUCCACUCCUCCCACUUCCCCAAACCAGAUCACUACACUCUUUCCACCGUCAUAACCGCCACCGCCAGCACCCGCCAUGUCACCACCUUCGGCAACCAGCUUCACUCCUUCGCAAUUCAAACCGGCCUCAAAGCCCAUUCCCACGUCGCCAAUUCACUCCUCUCUCUUUACUCCAAAGCCCACGACCUUACUUCAGUGCACCUCGUUUUUCAAGAUGUUUUACACCCAGAUGUGUAUUCAUGGACCACCCUUUUGUCUGCUGUCACUAGAUUGAGCCAUGUUGAUUAUGCACUUCAUGUGUUUGAUCAAAUGCCAAAGUGUUAUGUUGCUGUUUGGAAUGCUAUUAUUACUGGGUGCAGUGAUAGUGGACGUCAAGAUGUUGCUUUUAACUUGUUUAAAGGUAUGUUUAGGAUGAAUGUUAGGCCUGAUAAUUACACGUUUGCAACUAUCUUGAGUUUUUGUUCUUUGGAUACUUUGGAUUAUGGAAGGCAUGUUCAUUCUCUUGUUUUAAAAACCGGGUUUUUGGUUAGGACUUCUGUGGUUAAUUCUCUUAUUUCUAUGUAUUCUAACUGUGGAUGUAUUGAAAAUGCUUAUGACGUGUUUGAUGAAACCGAAUGUGGGGUUCAUGAUCAUGUUACGUAUAAUGCAAUGAUAGAUGGUUUUGUGAGCAUGGGAAGAUUUGAAGAUGCGUUUGUCAUGUUUAGGGAUAUGCAUAGGGCUUGUAUUUGUUUAACUGAAGUUACUUUUGUGAGUGUGUUGAGCUCUUGCUGUUCUUUGAGAGAUGGGUGUCAAGCACAAGCUUUGGCUAUUAAAAUGGGGUUUGAUUGUGGCUAUACUGCUGUCGACAAUGCGACGAUAACAAUGUAUUCAUGCUUUGGGGAGGUGAAUGAGGCUCGAAAAGUUUUUGAAAGAAUGAAAGACAGUAGGGAUCUUGUUUCGUGGAAUGUAAUGAUUUCAAUGUUUUUCCAAGAGAAGAUUAAUGAUGAAGCAAUCUUGACCUAUAUGAAAAUGAGGAGGGAAGGAAUUGAACCAGAUGAGUUUACUUAUGGAAGCUUGCUAGCUGCAUUGGACUCUCUACAAAUGGUUGAGAUGUUCCAUUCCCUCCUUUGCAAAAAUGGACUUAUCAAAGUUGAAGUUUGGAAUGCAUUGAUUUCUUCAUACUCUAGAAACGGAAAGAUAAAGGGCGCCUUUCAAAUCUUCUCCAAUCUCCCCUGUAAAAGUUUGAUAUCCUGGAAUGGUAUAAUAUCUGGGUUCUUGAUGAAUGGAUGCCCGGUGCAAGGGUUAGAGCAAUUCUCUGCAUUACUUAAUACAAAUCUCAAGCCAAAUGCCUACUCCCUCAGUCUUGUUUUGAGCAUCUGUUCUUGCAUUUCAGCCAUGGAUCAUGGGAAACAGGUUCAUGGUUACAUACUACGUCAUGGUUUUGAUUCAGAAAUCUCUCUAGGCAACGCCCUGGUGACAAUGUAUUCCAAAUGUGGAUCUCUAGAUGGGUCAUUGAGUGUAUUUAAUGCAAUGGUCGAAAGAGAUACAAUCACUUGGAAUGCUAUCAUGUCUGCUUAUUCACAACAUGGACAAGGCAAAGAAGCCGUGCACUGUUUUGAGGCAAUGCGAAUCUCCCCCGAAAACAAACCAGACCAUGCUACAUUUACUGCAGUACUUUCGGCUUGCAGUCAUUCGGGUUUAGUUGAUGAUGCUACCCGUAUUUUUGAUAUCAUGGUGAAAUUUUAUGGAUUUGUACCAAGCGUGGAUCAUUUUUCUUGCAUUGUUGAUAUGCUGGGUCGCAGUGGUUACCUUGAUGAGGCAGAAAGAGUAAUUACAGAUGGAUAUUUUGGAGCACACUCCAAUAUGUGCUGGUCUUUGUUCAGUGCUUGUGCAGUUCAUGGUAAUUUAAUAUUAGGAAGAAAGGUUGCUAGACUUCUCUUGGAAAGAGAACAUAACAACCCGUCAGUUUAUGUGCUUUUAUCAAAUAUAUGCGCAGAAGCAGGCCAGUGGGAAGAAGCAGCUAAACUGAGAGAUAUGAUGAAACAAUUUGGAACGACAAAACAACCUGGCUGCAGUUGGAUAUCAACCUAA